AGAAGCUUUGUCUCUACUAAAACUUUCAAUGCCAUCAUUGGAUCCAUCUCUCAAAAGAAAAUAAAAGAUGACACCUAUAAGCAGAUUUUCCAUUGUCAGAAGAAGGAAUUUCCCUCUCAUUGGAAUGUUAUCAAGUCUUAUUUUCUUCAUGAAAAAGUAGUCAUAUGGAGAAAAAAUUCAGAAUAUGGACAAAAGGCAACAGGGAAGCCACAGGACAUUUCUGAGGAGAAGAAUAAAAUUUCCAGUAUUAUGGAGAGAAACAUACUGACAAGUUGCCCCAAAACAUCCAAGGAAGAAGGUCAAGUUGUUUGCCUUUUAACUCUCUCCAUAUUUCUAAAUUUGGAGAAAGUAAAUUACCUAGUGGAAGCCCAAAAGUUUUGAAUAGACCUUUAAAAAGGCCUUUGGAUUUCAAUGUAUCUUCAGUGAAUAAGCUAAAUAAUAAAAACCAACCUUCUGAACUUAGCCGCCCUCAAAAAAAUUUUUUUUACCAAUCCAAGAUGGUAUUAUUACCCUGUCCACCCCACUGGAUUGCAUCAUUAUCCAAUCAAAAUAUGCAGCCCAAGUCUAAGCUGAAGACAACUGAUCUUGGCCUUAAAUCCAGGCCUGAAUUGCUACCUUCUUCUAGCCCUUGGACAACAACAGUACACUCUGGCCGGUGGACUCUAACUUCAUCUAUAAUAAACCCUUAUCACAGAGGCAUGGCUAAGCUGUUAACCAAUACUAACAUCCAGACCACUGUAGGACAUGUAUCCUGUUCUGAUCAUCAGCCUAGUAUUUUGCCAUUAUUCAACUUUGACAACCAGUCCAAGUUUGCUCCGUUAUCUUCCCCUGAUCAUCAGGCAACAAUUGUGCCAUUACCCUAUCUCAAGAACCAAGAGAAGGCUACAAGGCCACCACCUUCCAAAAUUUGGGCUGGGAACACAACUCCAUAUGUGUCAUUACCCAAUCUCAUGAAUCCAGCUUCAGCUACGAGAAUAUCACCUCCCAAAAGUUUUUCUGGAAAUAGAGCUCCAAUUUCAUCAUCUGAUGGCAAGGGUAGGGCUUCCAUCUCACAGUUGUCACAGACUGAGCACCAUGGAAAAACCCCAUUUUGUCUCAGAAACCAGAUAAAUAUUUUAUUAGGCCCUAAUCACCUUUCUAAAACAUCACAAAACUCUGACCACAAGACUGAACAUCAACCAAAACGUGAGCAUUUGCCCACCUCUCCAAUAUACCCUUGCCAUAAACCCGUGUUUCUACCAUGCUCUUUUAACUGGGCAAGGUCUAAGGCUGAAGUUUUAUCAAGCCUUGUGAAAAAGGUGAAAAAGAUCACAGCUCUUCCAUCUUCAACACCUGAUCGCUUGGUCUCAGCUACAACUGCGUCUUCACCAUGCCUUGAAAAUCAAUCCAAGGCUGUCUAUAUAUCCUCACCUUCUCGCCUUGGCAUCCAAACAGAGUCUAAACCCAAUAUCAAAGUCGCAGUUACACCUCUACCAUCACCACACACAUAUCCUUUAUGCCAAGAUACACUUCCAUUAGUUCCUGAUAAUAGGGCCCAGUCUGUAGAAAAAACUAAGCAUCCAUUAAAUCCUGAGCACAAUAAUAAAUUUCCAAAAUGCCAAUGGACCCCAAACCUAUUGAACCUCAGAUACCUGAAAGAGGCUCUUCUAGGUUCCAACCACUCUAUCCAGAUGGAAGAGAGUAAAGAAUCUACAUCAGACUUGGUUUAUCUCAAACCAUACACUAUUGAAGGUGGGAGUAUAUCUUUCAAAACUAUUAAGAAUAUCAUCAAUUCCAUUCCUCAGGAAAAAAUAAAAAGUGAUCUACAUAAGCAGAUUCUCCUGAGGCGGAUGAAGGGAUGCCCUAAAUCUCAUCCUGGCCCUCGUGUAUCUUCAAGUUAUACAUUAUGCUUGAUAUGUGCCUCCUGGAUUCCAUCUGGUUGUACUCAUGUUAAAGGAAAAAAAGACCCUUGUAGAGCAACAUUAGUGGCCAUACCAACACCUAUACCUGGUUCUGAGAUGGAGAUGGGUAUUAAAUUAAUUUUCCAAAUUCCACAACAAAAGACAUCUUAUUCUGAGGAUCAAAAUAAAUAAUUUCUUUGUAA